UUGGUAUUCGAAGAAGUGGACAUGGCUUCCUUCGCCUCAAUUAAGGCCUUCGCACAACGGAUACUUGCAAAUGAGACGCGAAUUGACUUCCUCAUCAAUAAUGCCGGCAUCAUGGCCUGUCCCUAUGGCGAGACAGCUGACGGCCUAGAGAUGCAAAUUGGCACGAACCACUUCGGUCACUUCCUCCUCACCGAACUCCUGAUGCCCGCUAUCAAGAAGGCGGCACCUGGUUCUCGCAUAAUUUGCCUCUCGUCAAUCGCGCACAAAAAGGGCAAGGUAGGUUGUACAUUGCUUACAUGCGCUAUCUAUCGGCAAUGUGCUAUCUUCGUUAAUCUGGAAUCCCUCCGCAUCUUCUCAUCGAACGGCUGCAACAGACUGUGUUGGAAGUUGCUGCUAAUCAGACUAGACUACGCCAUCCCUCCUCCACCUUCUCCGGAAUAG